GACUGUCGCAACGCACAAAACUCGUCAAGAUGUCAGAGGCUUCCACUGGGAAUUUCAUCUGCCCUUCCUGCCAUCCGGUCUCUCAAUGAUUGGUCUCGACAACCUUAAGACUUUGUGCCUUCUGAUAGGUCACAUUGGCUCUUCCAUUGGCCAUGAGAUUGCUCCACAGCCACAGCGCAUCUCUUUAGCGAAUUUAUAUUACCCACUUCAGCUGAGCCCAGCACGCCGGAUUCUGUUAGACGAAUGGCUAUCUUCGCUCAGCGCCGUAAAGAUGGCUUUGUUUCAGGCCUGCCAUGGUUGAUCUACGCGUAUGCCAGCCUGCCAGCACUGAGACACGAGAAACCGUUGAACCAUGACGUGUGUUGAAAGUAACAUGCAGAUGCACUGAUGCACCCUCUGCCGCUCUCUUGCGACCUGCAUAUCAGGAAUUUUUUAUCCUCCAAAUCUCUUUGUGAUACCUUGACAUACAGCUCUCUAUCAUGGCUCAACGAAUGCGCGCAGUACAGUACACAUCAGUCCAGGGUGGACUUGAGAAGAACCUACGCUAUACCGAAGACGCCUUGGCUCCACAACAUGACGAGCAGAUGCAACGAGGAGAUCAUGUCAUGGUUGAAGUCAUCUCUGCAUCCAUAAACCCUCUGGACUGGAAGAUGCCCGAAACCCCUGUCCUUGGAAAAGCUCUGACCUAUUCCUUUACCUCUUCGGCCUCGAUACCUGGUAUGGAUUACUGUGGAAGAAUCAAAUCCACAGGCUCCACCAUCGAUAGCUUGGCCAUUGGCGAAAUGGUAUACGGUCGUUUGACCAGACCAACAUCUUCAGGAACCCUUGCUCAGUACGUCAACAUCGACCCUGGUACCUGCAUACCCCUUCCACAAGGCGUCAACCCAGAUCAUGCUGCCACUCUUGGCAUUGCUGGUGAGACGGCAUACCGCAGCAUUGUACCGAACGUCCAGUCUGGUGACCGAGUCUUCAUCAACGGAGGCUCCUCAGGAACAGGCACUUACGGCAUCCAAAUCGCAAAACUUCUCGGAUGUCAUGUGACAGUAUCUUGCUCAACAGCUGGCAUGGAACUCUGUAAAGAACUCGGCGCAGAUCAGGCUUUUGACUACACCAAAACCGACGUUAUCGCCGAGUUGAUUGAGAGCGGCAAGUCUGGGGAGCCAUUUGAUCUCGUGGUGGACGAUGUUGGCGUACCCGCAGAUCUGUACAACGAGUCACACCUAUACCUCAAGCCGGAGGGCAAGUUCAUUUCGAUUGGAAGCAAGAACGACAUCAGAUCGCUUGCAGCCCGCACGCUCCCGACCUUCAUGGGUGGAGGAAGACGCAAGUCUGAACAGGUCCAUGUUCUGCUCGGAUCACAUCGCGAUGACUUGGUGCAGCUCGGAAGAUGGAUGGCUGACGGCAAGAUCAAGGCUGUCAUCGAUUCCACGUACCCCCUGGCGGACGCAGCUGAAGCAUAUGGAAAGCUGAAGGGUGGCCAUGUUCAUGGCAAGAUUGUGAUCAGAGUGGGCGCGAAGCAGUAAAGUCUUGAUAGAGUCUAGGAUGUCUGUAGCAUUAGGACGAUGU